GCAACGCCAGAGCAGCUGCGGUGGAUUGUUGGCUUGCGGUCGGACAGAGAAUUUUCCUCGGUGCGCUUCUGGACACAGAGGAAUUGGCUGAAUGAUCAUGGGGUCAUCGUCACCACGAUCCUCUGCAUCUCCAGUGGCAUCAGCACCACACUUUACUUUCUUGACAGCAGAGUGGGAUCACGACGAGAGCGCACUAAAAUAAAACUCCGGCUGUUCGUCGAUUACCACUCCAGGAAACUUUCUUACCUUUUCAUUUUUUGAAUCUUUGAUCAAAAAGCGUGAAAAUGGAGAUUCCAAAUUUCCUCCUGGCAAGUCUUGUUCUCUUCUUCGUUGGAGGGGACAUUUUCACCAGGGCCAUGCUGAGUGACAUUGGGGACUAUGUAGGUACCGACAUUGAAAUAUCCUGGUUACCUAAUCUGGAUGAUUUAAUGAAGGGCUAUGCCAGAAAUUUUCGCCCUGGGAUAGGAGGUCCACCAGUGAAUGUUGCCAUGGCUAUUGAAGUGGCCAGCAUUGACCACAUUUCUGAAGCCAAUAUGGAAUAUACCAUGACUGUGUUCCUGCGGCAGAGCUGGCAUGACGACCGCCUGUCCUACAAUCACACUAACAAGACUCUUGGGUUGGAUAGUCGAUUUGUGGACAAGCUGUGGCUACCUGACACGUUCAUUGUUAAUGCCAAAUCUGCAUGGUUCCAUGAUGUCACUGUGGAGAACAAGUUGAUCCGCUUGCAGCCCAAUGGAGUCAUCCUUUACAGCAGCAGAAUCACUUCAACAGUGGCAUGUGAUAUGGACCUGACCAAGUAUCCCAUGGAUGAACAAGAAUGUAUGCUAGACCUGGAGAGCUAUGGUUACUCCUCAGAGGAUGUAGUGUAUCACUGGUCUGAGAGUCAGAGACACAUCCAUGGCCUGGACAAACUGGAGCUCUCCCAGUUCACCAUCACAGACUAUCGGUUUGUCACUGAAAUGAUGAAUUUUAAAUCAGCGGGAAGAUUUCCCAGACUAAGUCUUCGCUUCCAGCUGAGACGUAAUAGAGGAGUCUACAUCAUACAAUCAUAUAUGCCUUCAAUUUUACUGGUUGCUAUGUCUUGGGUGUCCUUUUGGAUCAGCCAAUCAGCAGUCCCUGCUCGUGUAUCCUUAGGGAUCACAACUGUUCUCACCAUGACCACACUGAUGGUUAGCGCCCGCUCCUCCCUGCCCCGAGCGUCAGCCAUAAAGGCAUUAGACGUCUACUUCUGGAUCUGUUAUGUGUUUGUGUUUGCUGCACUCAUUGAGUACGCCUUUGCACACUACAACGCUGACUACAGACUCAAAGAGAAAGCCAAGGUGAAGGCCAACAAGCUCAGCUCUGAGUCCAUUGUGAAGAAUGGCAAACAGGCUAUGGUCCUGUUUUCUCUCUCGGUUACCGGCAUGAACCAGAGCGUGAUGAUAGCCAACCGCCAUGGGCAGGCCCAGCGCUCCGGCAGUGAAAUCCCCGGAGAAGGCGGCAGUGAGGAAACUGAGCCGAGAAGGAGAAGGUCCAAGCAGGCAGAGGAGACAAAGGAGGAGAAGAAAUGCUGUUCCAAGUGUGUCUGCAAGCCCAUUGAUGCUGAUACAAUCGACAUCUAUGCCAGGGCUGUGUUUCCUUUUACUUUCGCUGUGGUGAACGUGAUCUACUGGGUGGCCUACACCAUGUGAAGAGGCAGUGGGACAGUGCAACUGGCUGCCCUCUAGGGCUGUAUAUAAGACACUGCUGGGGCUGUGCAACUACAAUGCUGGCUGGAUGAUGCAGCUGAAGUAAACUGUAGGCCUCAGUUACAAAUCAAAAUGUCAGAAGAAAUGUUUGAAAGAUAAAGAAAAUGAGUGUUGAGCCUGUGAAUAUGGAUUCCUGGUAAUUAAUGGAAGUUCUAAUGAGUUUAAAAAGUGUAAAAAGGACUUCAUUUAUUUAAAUACAAAUACAGAAAUGGUUUGUAUGAAGGCAAAAGAGUUUGUUGCCUGUUACAAGUUCACAUAUUCAAUGAAAACAGUUCAACUAACGAGUUCAAGUUAAACAAGCUCUACAAAGGACAUAACGGCAAAUAAUCCUGCCUUAAGUUCCAACCACAAGCCAACAUCUUCUACAGAAAAUUAGUUUGCUCAACUCUAUUUAAGACAAAAUCUGGAGUCCAUCAAUGUUAUUCUCUCUGUAAACUCUAUUUGAAAGCGCCAUCCAGACUAGAGGAUAACAACAUAAGGUGUACUACUACUCUGCAUGGCUCAUAUCUUAUCCCCUUUCCCUGCUACUGCCACUGACCUCUUCCUCCUUAUCUUUCAAUCCUCCGCCCUUUUUCUUUCAAUUGAUUUUUUUUUUCUUUUUUUAAGUACACCGACUGGAGUGUCUUAUCUCCUACUGCUAGUUCUGCCUGUUUCCUCACCAUUAAAGGACUUCUUCCACUACUUGUAUGUGUCUUUUGCCUAGCUUUAUAUUUCAUGAAUUAAAAAAAAAAGAAUUCAACACCCCUCUGAUAGAUAAAUGUUUAAUAAUGUAUGAACCCUAAAGCAAAAAUCUUAGCAGCAGACAGUAUCAUAUGAACAAGAAUGCUCAAGCUUGUCUCUAGUUGGAGGGAUUCUGAACAACUGACUUGAAUAUCAUGUUGACAGGUUUCAAGAAUUAUGCUCUAUUAGAAACUAGAAACUCAUCUGUCCCUUUCCAGAGAACUGCAUUCUCAAGUGGCUUGUUUAACAGUGCGUUAUUCUGCAAAUUAAGCAUAUAAAGAGCAUGAAGCUUCAUCUAACAAUAUCUAACCGCAAGAAAAAUAUACUAAUAUGAUGCAUAACCAGAAUACAGUAGUAGAUGCUGAGCUGGAAGAGCUAGCCCCAGGUGUAUGAAGACUGUGCAUCCUCUACUCACACACUUCUACAGGUGUAUCACCAGGGGACAAGAGACACGCCAUUAAGCUUGACCUUUGCCGCCAUUUCAGAGUUUCACUCUAGCCUCUUCUCAUCCUCUCUAGCCUCGGGUUGUGGCAAAUCAGGGCCUCAUGGUGAAUAUUCAGCCCCCUACAUGCCUAAAAUGUAUCCCAUAAGAUCUGCAUGAUCAUGUUUUCAAUAUAAAGGCAUUUAAUUAUUCAAGAGAGUCCCUUUGGAGUUUUUUCUUGCUAAUUUCAUAUCAAAUUUUAAUUAAGAACAGGUCUAGAUUACACACUUAAAAAAACAGUGCAACACUAGCAAGUGAAAACUUCCUUUGACCCAGCAGAAACCUUGUGUUGAACCAGGCUCAUUAGAAACAACCAUCUGCUGAGAUUGAUGAGCUGAGUAAGAGGAAUAGUUGAAAUAGAACAAGAAUGAGUCGAGAUAAACAGCAUCAACAGAUAACACAGGCUAAAGGCUGCAGUGCAAAUAACAGUGGAGAUGGUUUCAGCAUUAAAGACAGAUAAUAAAGAUGUAGGAAGACUGUUUGUGUAGUUUGUUACAGGGGGGAGCUCAGCAGCUCUUAAAUUAACAUUUACAACCCCAUUUCCUAAAAGUCAAGGCAAGUCUAUUGAUUAAGCACAUUUAAAAACUGUAGCAGCUCAUCAAAGAGCUUUACAAUGGAUAAAGAAGAAAUCAGACAUAAAAACCAUGGAAAUAUGAAUGAGACAAAAACCCAACAGCAGAGAAAAGAACAGAAUAAUACAGAGGGGUAAAACAUCUAUACGACCAGGGGAUUCAAAAGCCAACAAAUAAAAACCUAUCCUCGGGCAAGGCUUGAAAGGGUCAACAGAAGGGGCAGUUCUGAUUUUGGAAGAAAGAGACCUUGACUGAGAAAACCCAGUCACCUCUAAGUUACUGAAUAGAACUGGAGACCGCCAAGAGGUCCAUACCAAGAGACUGUCCAGAGGUCCAGCAGUUUCGUAAAAAAGUUGUCAUGUUUUGUAAGAUG